AUGCGACACUCAAAGAAGAUGCAGGUUGCCGAUGGCGAUGAUCAUUACACGCCCAGCAAAAAGUCGCAAACGUCAAGAAAAGGCAAUGGAUCUGGCAAACAACUCCAGCAAUUAUAUAGAUUAUACGAAGAUGCCAGGGACAUUUACAACCAAUCCGCCCUGGCCAAGACAAUUGAAGACAUGUUGCGAACAAAAAACCGACCGCGCAUUACCAAGAUUGUUUCGCUGGGUCUGGGCAGCUUGUUGGACGCUAAGGACCAACAGCGACGCAUCAAACAAUUGGUCGUGCUGAUGGCCAUCGCAUCUCAUCUAACUUUAUCAACGGGCGAUAAGAGGAAAUUGAGAAUUUACGCCCAAGACCCAACAUUCACAGCUGCCGACGAAACCUUUCUCCAGAGCCUCGAUAUCUCGGUACUAAAAACACCGUCAAUUGCGAACUUGGGCGAGGCUGGACAGAUGAUGGACGAGGAGACACUUAUCUACAGCCCAUUCCUCACUCUUGAGACAUACAAACUCCUUUUGUCUUCAUCACAAUCCUCAGACGGAACAGUCAGAGCACCAAUAUUGGUCAGCGACGACUUCAACGCGCUGAGAUUAAAAUGGGACAAGCGCACGUCAGAGCGAAAGGACGUGGAGGGGUUAAUUCAGGGGGCACGCGAGUAUCGUCGGCGCGCGGUUAGUGGGGAGGGGUUCUGGACGCAGGCCGAUCGCCCAUUUCCUAUGGCCCUGUACUGGCGGGAUGUGGGCGCUGCCCGAAACACGAUAAGAUCGGAAUCUCAAUCUUCCUUCUCGCGAUUUGAGCAUCACGCGAUCCCGAUACAUGCUUAA